UCUAUUGUUGUUAUAUUUUUUAGACCAAGGCGCAAGAACAAAUAAAUAAGUAAAGACUAAAACGACAAAAGAAACGCAAACGAAGAGACAUCGGAUUAACAAACAAACAACAUCAUUGCUAGUUUAAGAUACGAGCUGUUGCCUUUGUAAUUCGAGAGACACUACUCGCGAAUGACUCAUUCAUCAAACUCAAAUUUAUUUCGAUUUAAUCAGAUUCUCGAUUCUGAUCGACGCAAAGAUAAUAAAAAAAAAAAACGUAAUACAAUUUAUCUUAUUUGUUGAGCAAACUUCAUGUUUUUGUGGUAGCACGUUUUUUUGAAUAUUAAUCUAACUUAGUGACGUCAGCAGUUUAGAACAACGUUUCAAAUAAAAUAUUUUUUUCAAAUGAAAAAGUGUACGACACGUAAUUGCAUAUAUGUAUACAAUUAACUUUGCGAACGUGAGAUUUUAGCCAAUAGAAAGAUAUUUUCGUCCUAAUCCGCUACUCGGAUUGGCUGCAAGCUCUCCCCCGUUUCACACUCCGUAUUGUUGACUUAUAAUCAGCUGAUUACGUCGAGCUGUUGUUGUACAACAGAGCGGAGUUUGGAUGAGUCGUGAAACGUCUGUUUUUUUUUUUUCGUUUGAAAGGAAAACAAAACUUUGGGAAAUUAUCCAGUGAAUUAAUUUGUGUGUAAUAUCAUCAUCAGUGGCACGAACUUUGGAAACUAAAUUUCAAUACCGCGAUCGCAACAAACAAUGCGCUUGGCAAUCAACUUAAAUAAGAUAAUCGUUUUCUUGCUUAUUGUGCAAUCGGCGCAGCUUUGGCGCGUCAAACCCAAACAGAUAUCGCCCGUAAUUUUAGUUCCAGGUGAUGGCGGCAGUCAAGUCGAAGCAAAACUUAACAAGACGUCGGUAGUGCAUUACAUCUGUCAAAAAAUAUCGAACGAUUAUUUCAGCCUAUGGCUGAACAUGGAACUGCUUGUACCUGUUGUGAUAGACUGCUUUAUAGAUAAUUUGAAAUUGAAUUAUGACAAUGUGACAAGGACUACAAGCAAUCAACCCGGAGUAGACUUAAAGAUACCAGGAUGGGGUGAUCCGUUUGUAGUUGAGUAUAUAGAUCCCAGCAGAGCUUCUCCCGGCUCAUACUUCAAAGACAUCGGAAAUAUGUUGGUAAAUGAUUUGGGAUAUAUCAGGAAUUUGUCACUACGUGGCGCACCUUAUGAUUUCAGAAAAGGACCUAGUGAAAGCGAGGAAUUCUUUGCUAAGUUGAAAGAUCUUGUUGAGGAAACAUACAUAAUGAAUAACAAUACACCAGUAACGUUAUUAGCUCACAGCAUGGGCGGACCUAUGAGUCUUAUAAUGUUGCAACGUCAGAGUCAAAAGUGGAAGGACAAAUACAUAAAUGCUUUUAUCACGCUUAGCGCAGUAUGGGCAGGAUCUGUCAAAGCUAUCAAAGUAUUUGCCAUCGGAGAUGAUUUAGGGGCGUAUUUUCUCCGCGAGAGUAUAUUGAGAAAUGAGCAAAUAACAAGCCCGAGUUUGGGAUGGCUUCUACCUUCGAGAUUAUUUUGGAAAGAGACAGAAAUUUUGGUGCAAUCAGAUCAGAAAAAUUACACAUUAAACAAUUUACAAGAAUAUUUUGUAAAUAUUGGUGUUCCUAACGCUUGGGAGUUUAAAAAGGACAAUGAAAAAUAUCAGUUAGACUUUACAGCACCAGGUGUUGAAGUGCACUGUUUAUAUGGCAGCAAAGUGGAUACUGUAGAAAAAUUAUAUUAUAAAGGGACCGAUAUAAGCGGUUAUCCUCAGUUAAUUUCCGGAGAUGGAGACGGGACGGUUAAUAUAAGAAGUUUGGAGGCGUGCAUGCAUUGGCAGAAGUCGCAAAAACAAAAAGUUUAUCAUCAAGGAUUUCCUGGAGUGGAUCACACUGAAAUUCUGAGAAAUCGCGAUAUCUUGGCACACAUUAACUCAAUUUUGAAAGGGUGAUAAAUAAAUCUGAUAUGACGUUUGUCAAUAUUAACAAGCUACGCGAAGGAACGUAACAGAACUUUAGAUAAUUCUGUUAUCCUUGCUAAACAUUAAUAUUCAAUCUAUAAAAUGACAAAAGUUAAUCAUUUUUACAUAAAACUUCCAAGAUUAAUUAUCUGAAUUUUCAAUUAAAUAAUCAAAUGUUA